AUGGCAAUUGAGGAAGAAAAUCCUGAAUUAACGGCUGGUUUUAUUGAAGGUGAUAUGGAUAUAGAUUUAAAUAGAAAUGGAGGCACUGAUGAAAAUAAAAGAUGGCCCGAUGGCAUAGUAUACUAUAAAAUAAGUGAAGAAUAUGAUGAGGACCAUAUCCGAUAUAUACGUGAAGCCAUGGACGCUAUUGAAAACGACAGCUGUAUACAAUUCCUUGAAGCUUCUGAAAAUACGACCGCUUAUGUGGAAAUUUCCGCUCAACAAAAUGGUUGUUUUUCUAAAAUUGGUUAUCGUGGUACUAAACAGGAAAUGAAUCUACAAUACUAUGCUCUUGACAGAGGCUGCUUCGUAAAGGGUACUAUUAUGCAUGAACUCUUACAUGUUUUGGGUUUCUAUCAUCAACAUAAUGUACCUGAUCGUGAUGAAUAUAUUCGCAUUAUAGAGGGUAAUGUUAAGGAGGGAUAUAUGAAGAACUUUAACAAAUACAAUGAGGGGGCUGUAACAAGUUUUGGUGUUGAAUAUGAUUAUGCUAGUAUAAUGCAUUAUCAUGCUACAGCAUAUUCGAAAUAUGGCUUUACGACUAUAGUUCCACUGGGCGAUGAGUAUAGAGAAAUUGGUCAACGUCGUGGUUUGAGUGAGGGUGAUAUUACUAAACUUAAGGCAAUGUAUAAUUUGUACGGCUACACAGCUCCUAUUAAUACCGAAAUAUGGGAAGAAGAUCCCGAAUUAACAGCGGGUUAUUAUGAAGGUGAUAUGCUGCUAGCAACCAACAGAAAUGGUGUAACAGAUGUUUUAAAAACUUGGCCUUUGGGCAUGGUUUACUAUAAAAUAGAUGAAGUGUUUAAUGCCGAUCAAAUCUCUUAUAUACAACAAGCUAUGGCUACCAUUGAAUCGGUAAGCUGUAUACGUUUCCUGGAGGCUGGAAAUGAUACCAGAGACUAUAUAAAUAUUACCGGAACAGCGCACGGUUGUUAUGCCACAGUGGGUUAUACGGGCUUUAAACAGACAUUAAAUUUACAUGUAAACGAUUUGGAUAAAGGCUGCUUUAUAAAAGGCAAGAUUAUGCAUGAACUAUUACACGCCUUAGGUUUCUAUCAUCAACAUAGUGCUCCAAAUCGAGAUGAAUAUAUUUGGGUUAUGCUGGACAAUGUUCAGGAUAAAUAUAAACAUUUCUUUAGGAAACAAAGUGAAAAGUUUGUCACCGACUUUGGUGUUGAAUAUGAUUAUGAGAGUGUUAUGCACUAUAGCUCUACGGCCUUUACGAAAAAUGGUCUAGCUACUAUAAUACCUUUAAAGAGCGAUGUGGAGAUAGGUCAGAGAAAAGGUAUAAGUUUCAAAGAUAUAUUGAAACUUAAUUUAAUGUAUGAUUGUGCUUUAAGGGAAGUAUAA